AUGUCGGAGCUGAGGAUGUUUCGACUGGCAAGGCUUUGUGUUGCGCUCUGUCUAUUGCAAUUAACGAAAGCCGCGUCAUACAGUUGUCCAUGCGGUAUCACAUACAGACAGACCUCAUACAGCUGCGGGUUUUGGGGCUUGAGUCGUUGCACACGGACAGUUUCAGAGACCAAGAUAUGCCAGUGUGUGGACGGUGGCUGGAGUGAUUAUACGGCAUGGGUUGGCACGAGUCAAUGUAAUGUUCCCUGCGGUGGAGGGUUCAACACUGUCUCUAGGUCACGGACCUGCACCAACCCGUCCCCAGCAAAUGGUGGAAAGGAUUGUUCUGGUAGUGCAACGGAGUCAAAGACGGUUUCUUGUAACACGCAACCAUGUCCAGUUGACGGAGGAUGGACUGAAUUUGGCGAGUGGGAGGCAGCUGCUUGCUCAGCUGCUUGUGGUGGUGGGGAGCGAUCAUUAUCCAGAUCACGAACAUGCACGAACCCUUCGCCACAAUAUGGUGGGAAAGCCUGCGAAGGGGACGAUACGGAGUCCAAGAAGGAGUCAUGCAACAGUUACCCUUGUCCAAUUGACGGAGGGUGGACUGAAUUUGGUGAUUGGAAGGAAACAGCGUGCUCCGUUCCCUGUGGUGGCGGGGAGCGAUCAUUAUCCAGAUCGCGAACAUGCACGAACCCGUCUCCACAACAUGGUGGGAAAGCCUGCGAGGGCGACGAUACAGAGUCCAAGAAGGAGACAUGCAACAGUUACCCUUGUCCAAUUGACGGAGGAUGGACCGAAUUUGGAGACUGGGAGGAAACGGUAUGUUCUGUUUCCUGUGGAGGUGGGGAGCGAUCAUUAUCUAGAUCGCGAACAUGCACGAACCCUUCGCCACAAUAUGGUGGGGAAGCCUGUGAAGGGGUUGACAUGGAAUCUAAGACGGAAACCUGCAAUAGUGAUCCUUGUCCAAUCGAUGGUGCUUGGUGCGAGUUUAACGAACUCGCAUGGACGUCAUGUUCAGAACAAUGUAAUCAGACAGGGACACAAACCAGAGUCUGUGGAUGUCCUGCAGCCCAAUACGGCGGUGCUCCUUGCGUUGGAAGCAACACGAAUACUGAUAAAAAAGAUUGCUACGAAGGAACAUGUCUAGAUAAAGUCUGUACCGAUACUGAUCAGCCCAGAUCUUCCUUGCCGAGAAACUGUGGCGAGUACGUGAGAUGUGACACAAACCCAAAGCCUGUAGUGAUGCCAUGUCCGGUAGGCCUUCACUUUGAUGACGAAAAAGGUGUCUGUGUCCAGGGGAAUUGUGGAGUGACUGGAGAAGAUGAGGUUGUAUCCCUCUGUACACUUGACAACAAUGGAGCGUUUUUGCCGGAUGAUAAAGAUUGCACCGCUUAUUAUCAGUGUUCUAACAAAGUCCCGAUAAAAAGGUCGUGUCCUACUGGCACCAUAUGGGACCAGUCCAAAACCGCAUGUCUGCACGGAGAUUGUAGCGUCGUCGAGGUUGACGAAGACGAAGAAGUGGCACCAUGUGUUGACAAAAGCACCGGGACACUGCUUCCGGAUCCAAAUGACUGCCACAAAUAUAUUAUGUGUGUCAACGAAGUUGAAACACCCAUGAGCUGUGGUGGUUUAGUCUUUGAUAAAAUACUUCUGAUUUGUAACUGGGAAAGUGAGUCGAACCCCUGUGACACCAAGCCGUAG